GAGCGAGUUGGCAGCCCCGCCGCGCUGCAUUACGAAGUUUCACUUUCAUAUUUGUUUUGGCCCCACUCGAAACUAGUCAUUUACCAAAAAUGUUGGCCUCGCGCUUGAAUCUCCUGCUGCCCCGCGUCUCCUGGCCGCGCGGCUGCUCCACGACGGCGGUGGGCCGUCAGCAGCAGCGCCAGGAGCCCACGGAGUCCUCCGCCGUGCACGAUCCCCUCCAGGCGCAGGCCCUCAAGGAGCAGUGCAUCCUGGUGGACGCCAACGACCGGGCCACUGGGGCAGCCUCCAAGGCGGACUGCCACCGGGUGCACCCGGAGACGAAGGAUGUGAAGCUGCACCGCGCCUUCAGUGUUUUCCUCUUCAAUUCGCAGGGCGAGAUGCUGGUGCAGAAGCGAUCGUCUCACAAGAUUACCUUCCCGAACACCUACACCAAUGCCUGCUGCAGCCAUCCGCUCCACGAGAUCGAGCAGGAGCGUGAGGAGAGCGGUGCCCUGGGCAUCCGACUGGCCGCCCAGCGGCGCCUCAACUACGAACUGGGCAUUCCCACGGAGGAGCUGCAGCCGCAGGACUUUCGCUACCUGACCCGCAUCCACUACGCGGACACAGGCGACGGCGUGUGGGGCGAGCACGAGAUCGACUACAUCCUCUUCCUGCAGAAGGACGUGACCCUGCGGCCGAACAGCAACGAGGUCAGCGAGGUGCGCUUCCUGCGGCGCGACAAGAUCGACGAGGCGGUGGCCAAGUUCAGUGCCCCGCUGACGCCCUGGUUCUCGCUGAUCCUCCAGCACCGCCUGAAGCUGUGGUGGGACAAUUUGCAUCGGCUGGAGCAGUUCGAGGACUUGCGCCACAUUCAGCGCUUUUAAGUGUGCUAACCAACCAAAAAUACACGCAAUGACGUAUGAAAGCGGCCUUUUGUUCGUUUGGGUUUCAAAUUCGCUUUAUUCAAAUGGAAAAUAGUGUGUGUCUGUGUGCGGACAAUGGGCACAAAGCGGAUUUUAUGCAACCUCCGCGGGUCGAUCAGUUCAGUUCAACGCUUUUGUAUAUGUAAAUAUAACAAAAUAUAUAGUUUGUAUAGGCACACGAUAUUCAAUAUGUUUCAUAGCCUAACUAAUGUGUUUGUAUGUUGAAUAUCAUAUAAAUAUUUAGCUUUUAAAAUGAUCACAUUACGUUUCCCAUAAUCAUCAUCAUCAUCAUCUUCAUCGUCAUCGACGCAACAAGAAUAAAUAUUUACAAAAAUA